GCCCUGCAAAGCCACCUGCAAUAAUAAUGUUCACCGCGCCUUAUAAAUUGUGUGAAGGCGGGUGCAACGGCACUAACGGCGGGAAUAUCAAGUUGCUGUUCCCACUAUUUGUUGGAAAGAAAGGACGAGACGCUUACCAGCGCAUAUUCCAUAGAGACGCCGAGAAAUUUUACUCGAAUGAUGGAGGAGGUCCGUUCAAAAAGCGGACGACAAUGCAAACCACGACACCGGAUGUCGUUGUGCAAGUGAAUUUACUACCAACUACAACUACGACUACCACGACUACUACUACUACUACAACUACUACAACCACGGAAGCUCCAACCACAACUACACCGCCCGCGCCCCAAUGCCCGUUCUUUCCUUCUGACUCGGUGUGCAUCGCUCUAUGCCUGGUGAGUUUGGUGGUGGAAUCCUGGCAGGUGAUAUUGCCGUGGGACAAAUGGUCCUGGUCUAUGCCACAGGAACCUAUUCAGUAUUUCUUCCGAAGACAUGAGAACUUGCCUGUGAAAUCCCCUUCAUUUGGGUGCGAAUGUCCUCCACAUAAUGAAUGUUCUUUGGAAUUUAAAGUCGAUCACGCCAUGGCUGACUUUUUAAAUAUGCGAGGGGUUAUAAAAAAGGAAGAAAUAAACUCAAUUCAAGAAGAAUUGAAAACAUUAGAACUACGAAAUAGAAAUAACAGUAAAAGUGGAAGAAGAAUCUGGAGGACCGCCAGAAACAGGCGGGAUAAUGCCGAUGAUCCUGAGGAAGCCUGCUGUUGCCCUCCCAAAAAUGUAUACAUGCCUACUUUCAUAACGGACAGUAAAUUCAAAGAAAUAGCAAACAGAUUCCAAGCACAAAAACAAAAGAAAAAUAAGAAGUAG